AAUGAGCCUUACCGUGUGUUGUUUUAGCAACUAAAAUGGUUACUUGAGAAAUCAGUGUCUGAUUCUAUAGGAAAAAAGGAUAUGUGAUAUGAAAGUCAGAAUUUUUUAAACUUCCUAUCUGAUCACAAUGGUCUGGACAUUCUUCUGUGGUAAACAGGGAGCAUGUGACUCAUAGCUUCAGCUCCUGCAGAGGUUCUGUGAUUGUAAAGCGAGGGCCAGUCUACUUAGCUCAUGCUGAUUAGCACACAUCUACACACACACACACCCUCGGCCGUUGAGUUAAACUGUAAUCAUUAACUCAGAUGGCCUCAGAGGGAGAAAGAGAAGCACUGCUUACUUGAACAAAACCAAGCCGAAACUACAUACAAAUGUCCAGGAAGAACCUCCAGCCUGAGAAGGAAGGACGCCGUGAAUGUGGUGCUUCUCUGGUGGAGAAACAAUGAGUUGGACCAGCUGACUCAGGAGUGCUGGACUGAUCAGGAACGAAAUACACACAUUCAUCAUGUUUCCAGCAGUAGUUUGAUGAUUAAUAGUGCUGAUAUCAGUGUACUGUUCCUGGAAUGAUAAGGCUAUCUGGGCUAAAGUCAACUGGGUGGAUCGGAACAGAGAGCCUGAGCGGGCGGAUAUGGCUGAACAGGAAAGUGAGCGGGACUGGCGAAAACUGGAGACGCAGUUCCAUCUGAAGGUCUUCCUCACCGUACUCUACAGCAUUAUUCUCAUCCUGGGAAUUGUAGGAAACAGCAUCACUAUUCACGUGACACAGGUGCUUCAGAGAAAUGGGUACUUACAGAAGAAUGUUACUGAUCAUAUGGUGAGCCUGGCCUGCUCUGAUUUGCUGGUGCUGCUGAUUGGUAUGCCCGUGGAACUCUAUAGUGCUAUCUGGUUCCCCUUUAGUUCUGCUUCUGGAAACACAGCCUGCAAGAUCUAUAACUUCCUGUUUGAAGCAUGCAGCUAUGCCACCAUUCUGAAUGUGACCACUCUGAGUUUUGAACGCUACAUGGCUAUAUGCCAUCCAUUUCGCCACAAAACGCUGGCACGUGCCCGCACUGCUCACCUCAUCCUUGCUGCAUGGCUCACCUCCGUCCUUGUCGCUGUGCCACUGUUAAUUACAACUGGAACACAAGGUCAUGUAGUGGAGCCAGGAGGAGCGCCGGCACAGAAUCUGACCUUCUGCACCAACCUGCAUGAGUACUGGGGAAUGUAUCGCAGCAGCGUGUUCGCAGCUUUCAUCCUCUACCUGCUGGUCCUUGGCAGCGUGGCUUUCAUGUGCAGGAGCAUGAUUGUUGUCCUCAGGGCACCCAUGAUUACUAUGGACACUUCAGGCACUAGUGUGCCUAAACAUGAGAGUGCCAGAGUCAAACAAUCUCGCAAGCAGACCAUCAUCUUCCUAGUGCUGAUCGUGUGUGCACUGUUCGUGUGCUGGAUGCCAAACCAGGUGCGACGCAUAAUGACAGCAGCCAUACCCAAGGAUAAAUGGAGUAUGAGUUACCUGAUAUCAUAUGUCAAAUUGCACCCUGUAGCUGACACCUUCUUCUACCUGAGCUCUGUGCUGAACCCUCUGCUCUACAAUCUCUCAUCACGCCAGUUUCGCACAGCCUUCCUCCAGACGUUGUGCUGCCGUCUCUCUAUCCAGCACGUUAACAAGAAAACGGUGGAGAAGAGCAAAGCCUCCCACGCCUCUAGCCAUUCGCUGCAUCUGCUGCUGCGUAAAAAAUCUCAGCACAGGAGCAUGCAGCCUUCCAGCAGAGAUGCUGAAACUCUGACCCCGAGUGCAGAGAGCAGCGCUGGUGUUCAGAUCUUAAACACACCUCCACCCGUCUCAUCAGAGACAGAAACGUGAGUCAUGUCAAGCCUUCUACUCCACUAAACCCUACUUAGCACCCUAGAUCUCUUUAAUGGCCACUUUUUAGACACAUCUACCUUGUUGGUCCACCUUGUAGAUGAACUUAUAGACAAUCCUUAUGAUGUGAUCACAGGAUUGCUGUUGGCUCAAUAUUUCUGGUUUCGCAACUCAGCAGUGACUCACUUGAUAUACAAAUACUAACACAACCCACAUCACCAUGUCACUGCUGUGCUGAGAAUGAUUCACCGUGACGUAAUAUCUGGCCAGGGGUAGUCCUAUAGUGGUUCUUUUCCACUCAUGAACGGUUUAAAUGCAGGGUUUACGCACUGUACAUAGCAGCAGAUGGGCUACACUCAGUCAUUUUAAAUGUACAAACUCAGCUAUGUGGUAGAUUUACCAGACAAAAUGACCAAUAAGGGUAGAUACAAAGUCGGUGCUACUUAUAAACUGGAAACUCAGUGUAGAUUUUCCCUUUCCAUGCAGAAGAUUCUCAUUACCCGGUAUGAAUUAAUGGGCAACACUUUAUAUUAAGGUUCCCUAACAACUAACAUUAUUUACUGCAUUACUUAACAUGAACGUCAACAUUAAUAAAUCCUAAAUAAUGUUAACGAAGUACUUUACCAAAUGUAUUAACUGACACUUGUUUAAAUGUUAAUGGAGUACACCUGCAUUGACUAAUGUUCAUUCGAUCCAGGACUAAAAUUACGUCCACAAAAAAGAGCAAAAAUUAAAUGACACCAUGUUCCUAAAUGUUGAAAAUUUAAUGAACUCUGUCCUCUAGAUGAUGUUUGCCUAGCACCUCAAGGGUUAGGGGUUCGAUUCCCGCCUCUGCCCUGUGUGCGCGGAGUUUGCAUGUUCUCCCUGUGCUUCGGGGGUUUCCUCCAGGUGCUCCGGGUUCCUCCCCGAGUCCAAAGACAUGUGUUGUAGGCUGACUGCCGUUUCCAAAUUGUCCGUAGUGUGUGAGUGUGUGUGUGUGAUUGUGCCCAGUGAUGGGUUGGCACCCCGUCCAGGGCGUCCCCCGCCUUGUGCCCCAAGUCCCCUGGGAUAGGCUCCAGGCUCCCCGCAACCCUGCUUAGGAUAAGCUGUACAGAAAAUAGAUGGAUGGUCUCAGAUGUAAAUACUGGAACUUGUUAUUCAGCCUCAGCUCUGAAUUUUGCCCGUUAAAUAACCUCAAAAAAUAUUCAUUGAGGUGCUGGCUCAUAUUGCUCAUUGUGGGCUUCAUUUUAUGCAUUGAUGGGGUAAACACUGGGUAAUGCAAUAGGUGUUGAAUAUUUGACUUAUUUGGUUUAUUUAUUAAUUAAAAACCAUAAUCACUUAAUAGGAGUGUUAGUUACUUUGUUAAUGUUGCUUAUAGCGUAUAAACGCUGAUGUACAUGGUUUGUUCAUGUUAAAUUUCAUGUCACUUGAGUGAACCUUAAUUUAAAAUUUUACCAAUUAAUGCAUUCCAACUUUGAUAUCAUGACAAAGGUCCAGUCUAAACCUAACAAAGACAUUCCAAAUGUUUGUAGACAUUAGGGCUGCACAAUAUAUCAUUUGUUAACCAUAAUAGACACAAAUUUCAAAUGAGCACUAUCAUUGUGUUAAUAUCUCAUAGGUACAAGACACGUUUUCUGUUGGUGAGUUGAUAAAUUCUGUCAUUAGCAUUAAUUUUAAAAAAAUUCAGUCCAAUCUUUCUGUUCACCAGGUUACUUUAAUAAAUUGCAGGCACAUUGUGAUAACAAUGUGUAUUAUAGCAAUACAAUAUUUGUGUCCAUAUUGUGCAGCUGUAACAGACAUCAUGUAGACCCACACAUUGUGCAUAUUCCAAUGUAUGAUAUAUAUGGCUGAACAUACUUUUACACAGUUGCCUGAGGGAUUCUCCACUUUGGUGAAUAAAGUGUGCAUUUUGAUACAUUGCAGUAUUGACUAUAUUUGAAUGUUUUAUUUAUUUUCCCAUCAUCUUUCAAAACUUUAUACGUUUUAGUUUUUCUCUUUGUUAAAGCUCCAAUAAGAUGCACUAUAACUAACUCAUUAACCUGCCCUGGAGUACAGCAAAUACACCUAUUGCCUGCUUAAACAAAUAUAUUAUUCUAUUAUUCAAUAUUUUCUGUUGCACUACACAUAAGGUCUCCAUUUAUGAUUGCUUAUUCUGACUAUUUUAUGACUCUGGAGAAAGAGAGCUGUGCAUGUGACCUCUGAAAGCCUAAGACAUGCUGCAUAAUACAUACUGGAACAUAUUAGUGAUCCGUGAUUGUCAUUUCUUUUUUUACAGCAAAAAUACAAAAGUAUCAAAUAAUGCAGAUAUUGUUGUUGUUAUUUGAAAAUAAAGCUGUUUUAUUCU